GAAAGGAACCUAUAGGGUCGGCCAUGACAAAACUUGGGCGGGUUAUAAUAAUAAUAAUGCAUCGAAUGGACCAUGCGUGUGUAUAAAACGACGCGUGCGCACCCCUCAGCAUUCAUAGCAGGUCACAGCCCCACCAGAGGUACCCAUACAACAUGAAGGUCGUAAUCUUGGCUGCUAUCCUGGCGGUGUGCAGAGGAGCGGCCGGCGGAGUUUUGCCCGUUGCCUCUCCUUACGCAUACGCCAGGCCGUAUGGUCUGCCAGUUGCAGCGCCUCUAGCAGUUGCCAGGCCCGCAAUCGCUGUUGCCAGGCCAGCUAUUGCAGCACCAUAUGCUGUAGCACCCGCUUAUGCCAAAGUCGCUGCACCCGUCGACGAUUAUGACCCCAAUCCACAAUAUUCUUAUGCCUACGACAUUCAAGAUGCUAUAACUGGUGACUCCAAGAGUCAGCAGGAGUCGCGGUCUGGUGAUGUAGUACAAGGUUCAUACUCUUUGGUGGAGCCCGACGGCACUCGUCGCGUGGUGGAGUACACUGCGGACCCACAUAACGGCUUCAAUGCCGUCGUUCACAAGGAACCUCUUGGGGGCGUUGUGAAGGCUGUGGCGCCUGUCGCUGCGGCGCCUGCCUUCAUACACUAGUCUCGACAACAAUGUUUAGAUCGAUUUAGAAAUCUGCUGAUUCAUAGGAAGAAUGGGAGUGUUGUGCCAGUGUCAUAGAGUGGAUUUUUGAAACAUCAAUGACGGACCUAAAUCUAUCUAAACGCUCGUAUAUUUUUAACGUGACCUGAAUCGUAUAUACUUUAUAGGUAUAUAGUUUAUUGUUAUUAUAUUAAUGUUAUAGCUGAGGUAAUAAAUAAG